AUGUCUGCUAGAACUGACUCGAACCACAAGUUUCUCUACGCGGUAAUCAAGCACAGCGUGGGAAGUGUGGAUUACAAGGCCGUGGCCAAGGCCACCAACAUGACCGAAGGUGCCGCGCGUAUGCGCAUGAGUCGCCUUAGAAAAUCCCUGGACACCGCCGUCGACAAAGAUGCUAAGGCCGACCCGAAGGCCGCCAAGUCCGAGGAUAAGGAGCCAUCUGACUCUGACGCACUUAUCCCCAAGAAGCGUCGCCUGCUGAAGAGAGGGAAGGAUUUUUCCAAGACUGAGUCUCCCGCCGACGACUAUGUGAGCGAGGAUGUUGAGGCCAAUUGA